CUUUGACCACCACAACAAUCCCACUCCACAAUGGGGAAUUCCCGGCUUACAAUGAGGUCGGCCCUCGGACUUCUCUUUCUUUUAUUUGUCCAGAUUUCCUCCGCACUCAAGUUCGACCUUAUUUCUGGAAAGGGCGAGAGAUGUAUACGCAACUUUGUGCUCAAGGACCAGCUUGUCGUUGUGACUGCCAUUGUAAGCGGCGACAAGGGCGAUGGACAGAUGGUUAAUAUCCAUAUCAAGGAUGCAUUAGGGAAUGACCACGGACGUCCAAGGGAUGUUGUUGGUGAGACUCGCCAGGCCUUCACUUCUCCCGCGGAUACUGCCUUCGAUGUUUGUUUUGAGAACCUGAUGGUAUCUCGACGAGGCAUUGCGAACCCUCAUCGCUCGAUCGAACUCGACGUUGAUAUUGGCGCCGAUGCCCGUGACUGGUCCAGCAUCCAAGCUCAGGAGAAGCUCAAGCCCAUCGAAACCGAUCUCCGCCGGAUCGAGGAAAUGGUCGGUGAAAUCGUCAACGAAAUGGAAUACCUGCGUGCCCGUGAACAGAAGCUCCGAGAUACUAAUGAAAGCACCAACGAGCGUGUGAAGUGGUUUGCAUUCGGAACCAUGGGUAUGCUUGUUGGACUGGGUGUCUGGCAGGUGGUCUACCUGCGGGCUUACUUCCGGUCUAAGCAUCUCAUCUAAUUUUAUCUCUUUGGGGCCUUCCGUUAUGGCUAGACGCGGGCGCGAGUGG